AUGUGGACGCCUUUCUUUAUUUUGGUCCUCAUCUCCGCGAGUUUGAUCCAUGCGUUUAUUCCCAAGCAUGGCUUUAGUGACUUGUCAUAUACAACAGAAAAACGCCAUAGUUUGAAGAAGAGACAAUAUGAUGCACCUAACGCGGCCGGGCAUGGCAAACAAGCUGACAGUUCGACAAAGAUUGAAGAUGUUAUGAAUCAAUUGAACGCGCAAGCACAACAAAGUGGCGUUGCAUGUGCCUCCGAUGUUCUUUUUGUUCUCGAUGCAACUGGUUCAAUGAAGCAAGUAUUCGACGAUAGUUUGCAGUACAUCGCUAAGGUUCUUGAGGGGCUUACAAUAUCGCCAGAUGGUGAUCACGUCGGAUUAGUAGAGUACAGCAGUUUACAUAAGCAAAGAGAGAAGAUACCACUUGGGUCCAUUACAGAGCCAGCUCGACUGACCAAGGCAGUACUAGCGCUGCCGUUCUUCUCCGGGGUCACAGCAACUGGCGCAGCUCUCGAAUUUGCAGACCAUGCUCUGCGUUUGAGAAGGCCCAAUGUGCGCACCAGUGUUGUCGUCAUCACUGACGGCUACAGUUACGAUACUACGGAGACUAGUGCUGAGACACUCCGUAAACACCCAAACACAUUCACAUAUGUUGUCUCCAUUGGUAACAUCUUCUUAAAAAGCGGACUGGAAGAAAUAGCUGGCUCAGAAAAGCGCGUGCUGUAUGGACCUUCUACUUAUGGGCAACUUGUACGUUUCAUCAAAGCAUGUCAUGGAGAUGCUACUGACAACGAUCAUACUUUGAGUAGGGUCCCAGCAAUCGGAUCGCGCAACCUGACCCAGAUGAAGCUCACGCCAUCGCAAUAUACGAGUACCAGUACGGACGAGAAAGGGAGAAAUUUGAUUCCAACAACGCAUGUACCCGAAUUUACGGGUGAAGAGAGAAGAGCGCAUGGACCAUCCACCAUCACAUAUGACCAGACACCACGUCAUACUCCUACAUCAAGAGGAACGACUACUCCAGCUUCAGCCAGAAGUACGACGAGCACGCCAACUACAGCCACAAGUACUACGAGCACAUCAGCUACGACGAGAAGCAGGACGAGUGCGCCAGCUACAACGAGAAGCACGACGAGUAGGCCAGCUACAACAAGAAGCACGGCGAGUACGCCAACUACAGCCACAAGUACUACGAGCACGCCAGCUACGACGAGAAGCAGGACGAGUACGCCAGCUACAACGAGAAGCACGACGAGUAGACCAGCUACAACAAGAAGCACAACGAGUACGCAGAUUACAGGCAGAAGUACGACUAGUACGCCAGUUACAGCUAGAAGCACAACAGGUACGACAGUCACAGCUAGAAGCACGACAGGCACACCAGCUACAACAAGAAGCACGACGGGUACGCCAGCUACAGCCAGAAAUACUACGGGUACGCCAACUACAGCGAGAAGUACGACGGGUACACCAAAUACUGCUGUAAGUGGGAAGGCCGGUGCACCAGGUAUGGCCCCAUCCGGAUAUGAUACUGCGCUGAGCACGGAUGAUAAUGCAGCAACAGAGACUGCUCUGAUUGACGAUGUAUUGAGUGAAGCAAACAUCAUGCCAGCCAGAACGCCUGCCGAUAACCAGACUCAACCGAAAUGCCGAUUCGAUAUUGUGUUAGUGUUUGACUCGUCGAGCUCUCCUCCAAAAGGAUUCCAGGAGCAACUAGAUGCCGCCGGCCGUGUGGUAGACACGUUCGACGUCGGCCCUAAUGCCACUCAGGUAGCAGCUGUCGAAUUCGCUGGCGAUAGGAAAAACGUGCUCUUCGGUUUCACGGACUCACCUGACAAACUGAGUACAAAGAAGAAAUUAGCCAGCACAAAAUACCAAGGAGGAAAGCCACAUACGAAUGAAGCUCUCUUGAAGUCCGCCGACAUGAUUAGGGGAGAUACCCGCGCACCGAAACCGAAGUCCAUAGUCGUUGUAUUCACAACUGGAGAUAGUAAAGAAGACCCUAGCAGAGGUGCGGAGCAACUGAGAAGAGUUGGUGCUACCAUCUAUGUCCUUGCCGACGAUAAUGGACAGAAAAACAGAGUCGAACUUGAGUUGAUAGCAGGAAGCCCCUCUCGUGUCUACAUCACCUCUAAGGUAUCAGCGCUUGUGGACGAGCUUCAUACAGUACAAUUGAUAUGUUAAAGAUAAACUAGGCUUUCAUAAAAUGCAUCUCACUGACCCGUUGCAUAUUCCUACAUGAAAUGAUUGUAUUAGUUGAUGUUUCCAAAAUGUGCCAUUCUGCUCUUGUUCGUUAUGAAAUUGAUCUGUUUAACAG